CUAUAAAAUGAAACUAAAGUCAUACACUUGGUUUACCUUAUUUAUAUACGUGAAAAGAGAAAUAACUGUCCAAAGUUCGCAUCCUGAUUUAUGACCCUAACAAGUUUCAUUGACUUAACACAAACAAUUGAAAGCAAUUGAAGUUAAACGGAUACGCUGUUUGUAGUACUAGUUCAUACAGUUGCAAAUUUUGUGUGUGGUUUUUGUGCUCUCCGCCCCAAGAGGUGUUAGUGGGGGUUCGAGCGGGAUACAGAGGGCGCCCCGAUUCCAGAGGCGCCCCUGCUUCUUUUAAGUGCCCGGUGUAGAGCACCGAUACACUGCACCCCCGUUUAACGUCCCUCGCGGAGGACUAAUGCGCGUGCUGAUAUCGGGUGCCUGUUCACGAGUUGCCUAUCAAUUACUUCCGCUGUUGGCAGCCGGAGAUGUGUUUCAACAUCAGGGAGUUCACUUGGUAUUGUGUGACACGAGUGAUAGAGAAGAUGAACUGAUGGGCGUGGCUACGGAACUUCGAGACUGCGCCCUACCCAGCCUGAUUGGCGUCUCCACCACUGCCGACUUCUGCGCUGCCUGCAAAGUUGCUGACGUUAUCCUCGUCUUACCGUAUGUUGAAUGCUUUGAUAACCCUGGCAAUCGUCAGUUAGAUAUCUUCUGGAGUAGAUUGUCACAUGUUGACUUUCCAGCCCUGGACGGGGCGUUGCAUCCGGUCACUAACAGACAGACAAUGAGAUCCGUUAAUGCACGUGGUCCACUGUCGGCUGCACUUGCCAUCGCUGAUAGCAUGAGACGCGUGCACGCAGAGGCGCUCCAGAACGACAUUCAAAUGACCUUAGACCCACGGGAGGAGUCUGAGUUUUGCUCUUUAUCUGUAUCCUUAGUGUCGAGCACUUAUCCAGACAUAUGUGAAAACCACUUGUCCGUUACCCGCACAACAGAAUUCUACCAGAAGACCGAUACCUUGGUACUGAUAGCGAGCGUAAAUAGGGAAUUAAUGGACUGUGUUUCAGAAAAGGCAGCUAGGCCUAAAGAAGUUGACACGACGUCAUCACUGUAUUCCAGACUGUGACACAUUGUGUUUGUUCGUAAUACCAUGAUUUUGGUGCUUACCUGCUUUACAAAUUGAAUAAUCAAUUAACUAAUGGCUGUAUUGCUUCUCUGGUAAAAACAAUUAAUAAACUUUAUAAUUCAAAUUGUUUAUAUAUGGCUGUAUUGCUUCUCUGGUAAAAACAAUUAAUAAACUAUAUAAUUUAAAUUGUUUAACCACGUCAACCAGACCUCGGGUCUCCUUCAAAACGAUCAGAACGAUCACUGACCUGAAGUGGAUGAUAAUGUGGGUGGAAAAUGGAAAAGUGCAUCAGGUGAAAGACAAACCAGAAUAUGCCGGACAAACAAGUUUUGCCAUUUGCGAUUAUGAGGCUACUUCUUUUGAGUGGCAAUUAAGCCCAUCAAAAGUCUCUUAAUAUGCAAUAAACAUCUUAUUCACUAGACUUAAAAAAACAACACUAUUGGUAUUUCACACUUUAAUAUAGAUAAUCGUGACAUAAAUAUUUCUAAUCUAUUUGCAACAUAUCUUUCUUUUUUCAUUUUGUUCCAUUUUGUCAAAUAUAAUUGAAUUAAAAAAUUAUCAUGAACAAUCAUCAUUGAAUAACAAAUAAACGUGUGGGGUGGCAUUUUUCCAAUAUGACGAUAUUCUAAACGCAAAAAUACCCCAUUGUUGGAUAGUCCUUUUUCUUUAAAAAGUAAAAAAAAAACACAUGUGAUUAAAAUUCGUUCUAACCCCUUGUUAAUGCUCUAAAUCACUGACUGAGCCAGUAAAUCAGAGA